AUGGCUUACUGGGUAGAGCUGAGUGCUGAUAAAUGGAUGAAGGAAGAACACAAGAUGAAAUUUGACCUCUGCAUCCAUGCCCUCCUUCUCAACAAAGAGGUCAGCUAUGUCCCACCAUUCACCAUCAUCUUAGAAGCUAGGAAGAACGGCAAGGCUUGUGUGCUCUUCACUCACCCCUCCCACUGCCCACCAUCCUCCAUCCUCAACACCCUGCCAAGAACAUGCGGAAGCAUCACCUGUGCCAACUCCAAGUGUAUUGGAAUGUGGCAUAUCAAGGACUGCUGGAGCCUCCAUUAUCUGAGCUCCAUGGUCUGA